CUAUUAUCCGCCAUAUUGGUUGUGUAGCCGUAUAUUUAACAAAGAUUGUCAAAAAACAGCCCUUUAUUACCUUUAAACCGUGCAAAUACAUUUCUAGGAGUUCGAUAAUCAUAAAUACGAAUGAUGUUACGGAAUAUAAGCCACAGGAUUAAUUGUUCGGCACGCUACAUGCAACACAUUUAAUUGCCUUGGGUAAUUUAGAUAAAAGAUAGAACUAAAUGGAUUCCAGCAGCAACAGUGACGAUAGCGAUACCGGCCCCAAAAGAAAGCGAAAAGUGCGCGUAUUGGACGACAGUUCAUCCAGCUCCGAUGGUAGCCCCAUAAUUGGUUCCGGAUAUUCAAGAACUCGAACAAGGAGACUCAGAAUCCCGUCUGAUAGUGAUAGCAGCAGCACUACUUCCAGUAGUGGUAGUCCCGUCCUAAACCGUUUUAAAAAGAAAAGAGUGAGACUUUCGGAUUCCGAAUCGGACAGUUCGGACUCCGAGGUGGGGAGGGUGCGCCUUAAGAGAUGCAGGCAAAUCGAGAGCAGCGAUGAAUGGGAAACAGAUUACUCAGAUAACGAGGCCACACGAAACAACUCAGAUACCGACUCCAGCGACGGGCGAUUGGAAAAAUGCCCCAUAUGCCUCGUAUCCUUCAAGUCCCAAGAAAUAGGAACGCCCCAAUCCUGCGACCACUCCUUCUGUUUGAAAUGUAUCCAAGAGUGGUCGAAGACCAACAACACCUGCCCUGUCGACAGGCAAGAGUACCAUUCGAUUCUCGUCAGGGAUCGUCUAGAUGGAAAGGUUACGAGGCGGAUAUCGAUCGAAGCUCCGGCUCAACACCACGAAACAGUGGAAGAUCUAACGGCUUGCGAAGUAUGCGGCUUGACAAACCAAGAGGACCGCAUGCUCCUCUGCGACAACUGCGAUGCGGGGUAUCACAUGUUCUGUCUGACGCCUCCGUUGGACGUUAUACCGGACGGUGCCUGGUUCUGCGAUGAAUGCAGCACGGUGCAAACCAUCCAUUUGGGAUUUGAUUUUUUUGAAUUUUUUUUCGGCGAUUUCAAUGCCGAAGACACGCGGCCUCUGCGCGGGAGUACCCCAAGAUUAUUUCGAGUACCACGUGCCACGCAAUCCGAAAGGAUCCGUCGCCGAACCGUCAGGAACGUUCAGGAAAACUCCAUUACAAGACAACAGCCAUCGAACAGCGCCCCUUCGACCUCGACGAGAAGAAAGAAAAAGCGGAAAACCAGAAAAACCCGGCGAGCCGUUAAAUACAAAACCGUCUAUGUAAUCGACGAGACCACCGGUGAGACGGUGGCGCGCAAACAACGCGUGAAACAGCGACGAAGAAAGCGAAACGCUCGCAGACUCACCAACGCCGCACCAACCACGACCAAGAAACGGCUGGCCGAGCAAUUGGGCAUGUGCGCCCCCAAAACGCCCGGCCAAGCUAUACCCGACGUUCGAGUACCGAGCGCGCGAGGUAUCCCAGCGAACGCCAUCAAUAGCAUGAGACACACCGCCGGCGUCCCGACGCUACACCUCUUCGGACGCAACGACGAUGUUGAUUUCUUCGAAGACGACGACGAUGCUCACAUGGACGGCGGUUCUCAAUACCUCGUACGGAGGGCGCCGAAUCAAAACGACGUCGCCGCUUUCCGAAGGGCCAUCAGACGCAAAAACAUCGUCGUACCCGAGGCGGUUUCGAGCACCUCCAACCUACUCGACUCGAUCAUGAGUUCGCAGGAACGAUUGUUCGCUCAAAACGCUUCGUAUUCCGUAGACUCGACCGGUCGGUUUCAAAUAGAAAUCAAAAAAUCCAAACCGAUUAACGUUACUAAACAACAAGCGUCCGCAAAAGAAACGCCUUAUUAUCCCAACAACAACAACAACGGGAACAGGAAUCAGAACAACCGAUACAACCAAAACUACAGGUACAACCAGUACCGCUACCAGAAUCAAAGGCAGUCGGACAAUUACUACCAAUCGAAUCAGAAUUACUACUCGGAGCCGUCGUCUUCGAUGAACUACGGCGGGUAUUCCAACGACGACGGUCCGCAGGAUUAUUCCCAAAGGACCUUGUGCGCGACGAGCGAAUCGAAUAACGAUAACGAGGACGAAACGCGCGCGAACAGCGAAUCUGAAGUAGACAUUUACAGCGACAUCGAAACCGUAUCGACCAGCAAAGCCGAAGAAAACGACCCUAAACCGUCAUCAUCGCCUCCUUUACCACCUCACCACGCUGGUACCGACGACGAUAACAACGACAGCGAACCGGAAAUGGUCAUCGACGACGACAAACCGCAGGAGCAAGACGCGCAAAACGACAGCAACAGAGAGGAAACCGCCGUUAGUUCUACAGUGGAUCACUUCGAGCGAGCCUCGGAACCCGCACCGAUCGAUAGCACUUCAUUGGUGAUUCAAUCCGAAGCGAUACAAUCCUCUUCGCUCGACGACAACAAACCCUAUCAGUAUUACAACGAGGAUUCCUCGGACGCCGCGAAGGAACAGCCAACUCGACGCGACGACGGCGACGACUCCGACGACGGUUGUCCGAACUUCAGCAUUUACUCGAAAGAGAGCAAAACCCUCGCCAUUCACACCGACGUGGGCCUAUCGGAUCGCUCCUGCGAUCAACAAGUGGGCGAGGUGAGUUCGUCGCCCAACAUCGACGCCCAUCCGACGCCGAUCGACGCCCAGGAGGGCUACGAUCCGGCCGGGAUAUACGAUCAGAGCGACAAGGAGGACAGCGCCGAGAUCGACAUCAGCCAGAGCUACGAUCCGGAGAAGAUCUACGACGAGGAGGACAGCGACUCGUACGGACGGAAAAUAUCGAGCAGCAUCGACGCUAAGACCGUUCUGAAAGGAGGCGUCGUCGGCGGUUUGUACAGCGACUCCGAGGACGAUAGCGUCGUUAAAAAGCACGUUAUAUCGGACAUCAAUCGCAUGACGGAGGAUAUCAGCGAGGAGGAGCGCAGCUACACGCCCUGUUUGGACGAGAAAGGCGACAAACAAGGAUUGGAAGGGCUCGAUACCGAAUUGAUAUCCGACGAGGAUCGCGACGAUUUCGACGAAUCGCACGAUGUGAAAACCGCUUCGGACGGCGACGCUUUGGAAAUCAACGCCAAGGAGUCCGAGUUGGAUUUCACGCGGCCCGAAGACUACGAAGAGGGCGAGAUCGUCGAUAAAAAUAAAGCGAAAAACGCCGGUAAAGCCGAAGAGAAGAAACCCAAGAAAAAAGACAAGCCGGACGAUAAGAGCGGCAACAAAGAGAACGAAUCCGCCAAGGAUUCCUCCUUCAAGAAGCUGAGCAAAAACAACAAGGAACGCAACUACCGCGACAAAGAGAAGCGCCCGAAGAGCAAGUCCAAAGAACGGGACGCCGACAAGAACAAGGAGAAGAAAAAGGAGGCUCGCAAGGAACUCGAACGGUACAACGUGAGAGCCAUCAUAGCCGAGAAACCGAGACCUUUGGUGGCCAAAGACCAAUUCGGUCGGGACAUACGCAACACGUCGAGCCGCUCGAGGAGCCGCUCUUAUACGCCGCCCAUUACGCGAAGAUCCUCGUCCAGAGGCAGGUCCAGGUCGCGCUCCAGAGGCCGGAGAUCCAGAUCGAGGUCCAGGCGACGCAAAUCCCCGUCGCCGGCGAAAAUCGCCAAACGCCGCAAAUCGAAAACGUUGAAAACCCGCAGCGAGUCCAAGUCGAGAUCGCGCUCGAAAUCCCGCUCGAAAUCUCCCGCGAAAAAGAACGUCGCGCAGAAAUCGAAGAAGAGGAAACGCUCCACUAGCCGCUACAAGAGAAAAUCCAGAGAUAGAUCGAAGAACAAGAAGAGGUCGAGUAGACGCCGAUCGACGAGCGCGUCGAGGAAGUCGAGGGAAUGGGAGAAACGCGAAUGGACUCCGGCGUCACCGGGUUCGCCGGCUACGCGCGUCUCCCCGUCCUGGACGCCCCCGCGUCGAAUCGACACCACAGCGCAAUUGCUGAGAAACGAAAGUCUGACGGUAACCGUCAAUAACUCCGCUAAGAAGAAGCGCGACAAGAAGCGCAAAGGCGAGAAACGUGCCAAAGAUUCGACCGAAGGCAGGCCGAAGAAGAGGCGACACGAUAGAGAACGAACCCCUCCUUUAUCUAAAGAAGUAUUCGCUUCGGGCGAUAAUAUACUAGUGAGCGUUAGUUUUAACAACGAUAACGAAACGAGGGACGUGUCGACGAGAGACAGGCGGAAAAGCGACGAUACCAAGAAGCGCAAAGAGAAGAAGAAGAAACCGAAGAAGGAUCUAUCCGGCGUGAAACCCGUAGCGAUAAUCGACUUGGACAAAUCGCCGUUUAGAGAACUCACCCCGUCGCCUAAACAAAUCAUCGUGCUAACGGACAGCGACAACGAAAACGACACAGCCACCAUACAAGACAACAUAUGCGACUCGUCGCAGCAGGUGGCCAGCCCGGAGCGCGGCAUCGGCCCCAAAACGCCGCCCGAACCGCAGGUGAAGUUCUCGCUCACGGCCAAGCAGCCGCAGGUGCGCGCCAUCAGCAACCCCCUGCACGAUCCCGAGGACAUGGAGGCGAACGGCGACGGCGACGAGACGAGCUCGCACAUCGGGCCCAACACGCCGCCGGAGCCGCCGAACUCGCCGCCCAGCUCGCCCGACGCCUACGAUCCCUUCGAGCCGACCAAGUCGCGCUCGCCGACGCCCGAACGCCCGGCGCCGGCCGACGACGACGGCGUCGAGUGUCGCGCGGACGCCGAGAAGCCGGCGAAUCCGCCGGCGGAGGCGGUUAAAUCGCUGACGCCGCCGCUGGCCGACGUCCAACCGGCGGAUUCGCAGAGCAGCGUGCAGGCGACGCCCGAUUCGAACUUGGAUAAAUCGCCAGAUAUCGCGAAAGGUCCCACGCCCCCAGCGCAAACUCAAACUACUACGGCUCCUAUUACUUCCACUCCGAUAUCCUCGAAUUCGAGCGUACCAACAUCGCGAUUUAACUUGUUAAAUUCCACGGUUAUUACACCGUCUACGGUGGUAUCUUCGAUGCCUCAAAGGAUCGCGAUACCGAGUCAGGCGCAGAUCAAACCGAAGAUAUCUCCGACUAAAAUGGCUUCUAGCAAACAGGCGAAAGCGACGAGGAAGCGAGCGCAGAACGGUACCAACGAGGAUGUUAUGCUGGACUUCGAUUCGCCGUAUUCGCCGGGUUCCAGCGACUACGAGGAUUUGUUCGAGCCGCCGAGCGAGAUCGUGACGAAGCCGGUGAUCAAGGGGAAAUCGAAGCAGCAGCCGAAGCACGCUUCGUCGGCGUUCGACGCGCUCUUCGGCUCGCCGGGUAACAAGCCGAAGAAGGCGAACGGCAAGCAGCAGAAGAAGGGCGUAGCGACGCCCACCAAGACGAAGACCGUCGGGGUGAAAUUGGACGAGGAUAAUUUGAAGAUUUUGGACGAGUUGCCCAAUUCGGCCGUCGAGAUGCAAGUGAAGGAUAAGUUUUUGAAAAAGUUGAAUCGACAGGAACGGGUCGUAGAAGAGGUGAAGUUGGUACUUAAACCUCAUUACAACAAGAAGAAAAUCAACAAGGAUGAGUAUAAAGAUAUUAUGAGAAGAAGUGUUCCAAAGAUUUGCCACAAUAAAUCGGGCGAGAUCAAUCCGACGAAAAUUAAAAAUCUCAUAGAAGCGUACGUUAGAAAAAUUAAACAUAGCAAAAAAGUUACUUCUUCUAGUUCUAUUAACCCUCAGAAAAUAUAAAAAAAAGUGUGUAACUUUGUAAAUAUGAAUUUAAAUUUUUGAUUUUAGCAAUUAUAAUUUAUACGAUGUAAUAUUAUGUUUGUGAUUAAUGAAUAUUUGUAGCAUAUAAGUUAUAAUUUAAGGUUUUUUGGUAAUAAACUUCAU